ACUCGUAUUUAUUUUGUGAUAGCGAUUAUUUGCUGUCUUUGGAGAUCCCAUCUUCAGUCUAGUCAGUAGUCGUAAUUAUGCAGCAACCGUGUAAUCAAAGCUGUGUUGUCAUUAAGAUAAUUUCAGAAGUUUUGAUAAACUAAAAGUCCAAUAUUAGCAUCGUUCUUAUAAAUGCACUUUGGACAAUGCAAAUGGAUGUUUUGCAUAUCAUGCUGGUGGUGUGACUGAAAAUGAAGCAGCAUUCAUCGAUCUGAUCAAUUACUGAAUUAUCCCACAAAGGUUUCUAAACCGAACUCUCAGUCACUCUUUUAUAAAGGCAUAAAUAGGUUGAUAUUUGAUAUUCUUCGCUUGAAUUAUUUGAAUUUUGCUCGGAUUGGCGACGUCAACUCAAUAUAUUGACAGGAUAUCAUAACGAAGUGAAUUUAUUUCAUUCUCCUGAACGAAAACAACCAAACGGUCUUGACAUUCAAUCAAUUACACAUAACAUUGUAAUUUCUACUGGUACACUUGAAAUAUGUACAACUGCAUGAGUGCGACGAACAACAGCGAGUGAAUACAUUCAAUUUGGUAAAAUAAUGCAUGAUUAUCUUGAGAUACAAUUCACCAUAUUUGCGUUAUAGACGCACCUAGACAAGACGUCAAUCUGGUGAAUUGUUGCAAUUUGUUGGAAGGGAAAGGAUAAGAAGAAAAUUAAAAACAACGAAUCAACAAGAAGAGGCAGAAUAAGUAGAAUAACCAAAUAGAAAGUAAAAGACCACAAAGUUCUUCAAACAUGACGUGGGACGCAGAAAACAAGGGAGGAGACAGUAUUGGACUAGAACCAAGUCCUGGAACCGAUUCAUCACUAUCUAGUCUGAGUCUAUGGAUAACCCUUUUCACCUUGUGUGCUAUUGUCAUCAUCAGCAACCGCAAACUUCGGUUCUAUAUGAAAUACCAUGCCUUCACUGGGAUAUACUUCUUUUUCGGCAUCAUAUGUGUGCCCUUUAUGCUAUUUAACCCUUGCGACCCCAAGGCAGUGACAGUCCCGAUAUUUUUCGCUCGUUGGGUUCAAAGUCCUCUGUUCGGUAUUAGUGCCAAGAUUAUCGGAAUGGAACGAUAUCCAGACGGCCCCUUCGUCAUCGUUUGUAAUCAUCAAAGUUCACUUGAUUGUUUAGGACUGGUGGAACUUUGGCCACCGCGUAGUGUGAUCAUCAUGAAGAAGAUGCUAAAGUACGCGGGUCCAUUUGGAAUUUGUGCCAUCCUAGCCGGGACUAUUUUUGUCGAAAGGAACAAGAAUCGCAGCACCAGAGACAACCUAAAAGAUGCCGUCGAAGUCAUUAAAAGAAAAGGAUACCGAGUUUUCUUUUUCCCCGAGGGAACGAGAAGAUUAACUCAGAAGAAUACAGAGAGUUCAGAACCCAUGCUCCCCUUCAAAAAGGGGGCUUUCAAUGUUGCCAUUUUAACUCAGGUGCCCAUUGUCCCUAUUGUAUUCCAGUCACAGAAGCAUCUAAUUGAUUUCAAGAAAUACAUUUUCGUUCCAGGUGAAUAUAAAGGAGUUGUCCUACCACCUAUCUCAACAGAAGGACUGACUUUAGAUGACGCCCAGGAUCUGUGUGACAGAGUUCGCGCCAAGAUGAUCGACUGUUUCAACGAACUUGAGAAUGGGUCACACACCAAAUGAAUGACAGCUUAUUUCAUGAACUAGUCGAUAGACAUACACAGCAGGAUGCUUAGACUAUAUACGUUCGGAGUACACUGUAAAAAAUAUUGGGUAAAAUUUUAACCAGCACGAGGGUAAGUAUGUGUCCAACCAGUUUGGGGCAGUAUUUUACCCAAUGCGGGAAGCAUAAGCAGCAAAUGCUUUCUUUAAUGGGCAAAAUUUUCAUCACACUGGAUAAAUAAAAAUGCCAAAAAGAAAUGCCUAAUGUUGGUUGGACACGUAAUUACCCUCAUGGAGCAUUAUUACCCACAAUUUUUUAGAGUGUAUACUGAAUUGAUAUGGGAUUUAAAAAAAAGAAUGUUUUAAUAAUCAAUCGACAGUGUCAACGAAUUUCUGUGCCUACUUUGAAAAGAUUGCCCGUUUGUCUAUUUCAACAAAUUUGUGGAAAGUUUAAGCGCUUUUAACCAACUAAUUUGUUCUCAGCCAGUCGGAUACCAGGAUUAUGGGAGAUCAUAGAAAUUGACAUAACUGAAUACUCGCCUUAUAUAGUAAAUUAUACUCCUGCAUAUAUCUGCAUUAAAACAUAGUGGUGUGACCAUGACUAUAGAUAUGAUAGAGAGCAAUUUUGUACAGGAAGUUGAUUCUUACAUGUAUUAUGCCAUGUUUUAUACUUCGUUUCUUCCUCAUCAUUAUUCAUAAUAAGAUUAAGAAUAAUAAAAAUUCAAACUAGUCUCUUCAGUUCUAGUACACAG